AUGCAUCACCGCAUUCCUCCUGAGGCGGCGCAUGGCCUGGCAAAUGCGCCGGGAGCAUACGAUCAGCCAUGGCGCCCCUACCCACCGUCCUUCGAGCAUCAUCACGCCGAGCAGCGACGGGCCUCCAACCCCCCUCAACCUUCCCUGCCCUCCCACGGGUAUCCUGUCAUACCGAAUCGAGAGUUGCCUCAGUUGCCUCCCGAAGGGCCGUAUGGUCGGCCAAAUAGUUUGCCUGCUCCCAGUCUCACCCCGACAGAGUCGCAUCCGCCUACUUUUCGUCCUAUGAAUGGAGCUUCGCACGAUUCCAUCCCCCAUUCAGCACCGACGCAUCCAGUCCCUCCUCAUUCGGCGCCCCCGACUUUCAGCACCCCGCAUACGAUGCCUCCAGCUCAGUUUCCGACGCCGGUCCCGCAUAUUUCGCAUACUCCUGCUCCCUAUGAGGCGAACUAUUACCAGAAUCAAGCCUUUGGUAUGCGUCAGCGCAAGGCUGCCCGGGCUCAACAGGCCUGCGAUCAGUGUAGAGCAAGAAAAGCAAAGUGCGAUGAAGGGCGGCCCGCCUGCAGCCACUGCAAGGAGAACAAUUUGAUAUGUGUCUACAAAGAAGUUCCCCCUCACAAACAGGAAAAGGCCACCCAGCAGAUCUUGGACAAGAUACAAUAUCUGGAAGAUAAGCUUGACGAGCGUCUGACGCAUUUUCAAACGGUACAGAUGGAACAUGGGAUGACGCUAAGUAAGAUUUCCAACGAGGUCGGAUUGAAAGAGCCGAAAAUUUUGGCUGUCAAAGAUGCCGCCCGAUCAAUGCCGCCCAAGCAGACACUUGAUAGGUUGCUGAAACCAAGUGCUACUGAUAUUUUGCUUGAGUCAGAAUCAAAGAAUGGAGAUGGAAUGCAGCAGUUGGAUUCAAAUGAUCCUCCAGGGCAGAGUUAUGUGGAGAGAGAGGACGGUGAGCUGUCCAUCCCGGUGGAACAUACAACGGCUGCCCACAAGUUGCUCUCCUGGCCAUCAAUUAGGAAUCUACUCUAUCCCCGCGAGUACGACGAGGAUUAUGUGAUGAAGCUUGAAGAGCAGCGUGGCUUGAUUCGCGUCUAUGGCCGUGGCGAGGGCGCCGACACAAGUGAGGAUCGCAUGUCGCCAACCCCAUUAACUAGCUCGAAUUCCAGCAGCGGAUGGGAUGAUAGUCACACGCACCGAGCAUCGCCGAGUAGUCCUUGGACGCAGAGCUCUCAUCCCUGCGGUUUCCCGCAGAAGCUUCGAGACAAAGGGGUUGACGAGUUUGGUACUCUAUGGGCCGAUCCGGACACCAUCCGUCGCUAUCAUCGCAGUUACCUGGAGCACAUACACAAACUUCAUCCCUUCCUCGACCAGAGUGACCUGGAUAAGAAGAUCGAAAUGUUCAUCAAGUUCCAUUGCUUACCGAAGACUUCCGGAUCGACGCCUACAGGGACAGGCGACAUGCCCCGUGGUGCAAAAAGAAAAAGGUCAUGUGAUACUUUACAAGGUGCAGCGUGCGAUUUUCCAACUUCCGCUGGCGUUAGGACGGAAGCAACGAGCCGUCGCAUCGAAAAGUCAAUCGACAAUGCUGUUCUCCUUCUCGUGCUUGCGCUGGGCAGUAUCUGCGAAGUGGGAGCACCAGUCCCCGGUCCUGUCACGGAUAACCCCCCGGAUUUUCGCAAAGAAUGGAUCCCUGGCCCACCCACCCGGAGCGUCCUAUCUCCCGCUGGAUCUGACAUGAUUAUUCCAGCGCAGGGGAGCUUCUACGCACCGCACGCUGUCCCGUCUCCCUCGCCUGUUGACGGUCGGAGAAGUGUCGGAGGGCGGUCAGCGUCGUCAGGUCGAGACGUGCCUGUCAAUCGACAUCUCAGAAAUGUCGAUGUCAUUCCAGGUUUAUCUUAUUAUGCAUAUGCCACGCAGAUCCUGGGAGGCCUUCAAGGGGCCAAUGGCUUGCUUCAUGUUCAAGCGGCUUUGCUCGCAGGACUUUACGCCGGGCAACUAGCGCAUCCUUUCCAGAGUCAUGGAUGGAUAUACCAAGCCGCUCGCGCUUGCCAAGUGCUCGUCCGAUCGAAACGCUAUGACCAGAUGCAGGACGGGCCUAUGAAAGACCUCUACGAUUUUGCGUACUGGACCUGUCUUCAGCUUGAGAGUGAUAUUCUUGCAGAACUUGAUCUCCCCGCCAGUGGCAUAUCUCGUGCAGAGUCACGUAUAGGUCUACCAAAGGGACGCUUCACACUUGCUUUGCCAAAUGAAAUCUGCGCGCCCAGUACCAUGAUGAUGUUUUUCUAUUCUGCCCAAAUCCACCUCCGGAAAGUCCUUAACCGUGUCCACACCGAUCUGUACAAAGUUGAGAGACAACAAGGCUCCAACAAUGCAAACCCGGGCAGUGCUACCAAUGCCGCUAGUUCUGCGAGCGCUGUCAAUGCUGCAAUCGCCGCAAUCACAGCUAAUCCUUCCAGCAAUACUACAACCACGAGCAGCUCGAGCAACAACCGAUGGACCUCAAACGUGCAGGAAAUUCUUAGCAUGAAUCUCGAACUGUGGCGAAAUAGUCUUCCAGAGAUCAUGAAAUGGAAAGACACUGAUCCCCCCUCGGACGACAUAAACGUUGCUCGUAUGCGGGCCAAAUAUUACGGCGCACGAUACAUCAUCCAUCGUCCUCUUCUAUAUCAUGCUCUGCAUUUUGCUGGACUCCCCAAUCCCAAUCCAACUGCCGCAUCAGUCGAGUCACCCGCCGGAUCCGUUCUCUCUGGCCCGAAAUCUCAGCAGGUUUCGCCCUCAUUACCGCAUAGUCAACGGGCUUCAAACAUGGCACGUCUGUCGAGCGAUAUGGGCAUAGCGGUCCAUAGCGCCCCCUCUUCCUUUCAAGGAGGCUCGAUGGGCACCAUUGCAUACCGAGAUCUACCGCCUAAGCUACGACGAGCCUGCAAAGUGUGCAUCGACUCUGCAAUCUUGAGUACAGAAGCCUUUGAUGGAAUCGAAGGUCGUCCGAUCGUGACAAAUAUCUUUGGAACUGCUCAUGCGCAAUUCGGCAAUAUGCUCGUGCUGUCUGCGACCUACAUGUCCUGUCUCUCAGAGCUGGUGGACCGAAAUGUGCUCGAGAAACUUCUCAAGCGAACAAUCAAAUUCCUGUUGCAAAGUCGAUAUAUCUCCCCUAGCCUUCGAGCCGAUGCACGGAUCCUUACCGAAAUCUAUGAGAAGAUUUUUGGAGAGCCCGCCACGAGUUUCUCAUCUGCCUAUAGCUAG